AUGAUUUCUAUUGUGUAUAGUAUAUUAAUUAUUUUUAUUAGUAAUUUACAAAUAGAUGCACAACACACCUUAUGUGCUGGUAUGAAUGCAACUAGUAGAUAUGUUAUUGAUUAUUGUAAUCAACAGGAUGGUUAUCUUAUAUUUCGAUGUUGUCGUGGACCUGAUAAUGAGACAUUUAUUGCUGUUGAUUUAAUGGACUCUAAUUUAACUAAGAUUCCAGAUUUUACUGAACAUCAAAAUUUUGAUUUAGUCGUAAUUGAUCUUCGUUCAAAUCCUGAACUUGAACCUUCUUAUGAUCAUGAUUUUCUUGCAUCAAAAGAUCUUGAUGUUCUUGUUUUACCCGACCAUUUUGAUUGUCCUGGAGGACAACAUGUAUGGAAAUGGAUUAAUAAAACAGAUGAUCCUAUAGGAAAUCUUUGUGGACAUCAAAAAGAUUUUUGUUCAAAUUCAACAGAUAUAUGUACUGAACCAAAUUCUUAUUGUGAUACAAAUGGACCAACUCAUUUUUUAUGUUUAUGUAAAACAGGUUAUGAUGGUUAUAAAUGUUUACGUAAAGGAAAAUUUCCAUCAGGUCUAUUUUAUGGUUUAUCAAUAGGUGUAACAAUUGUUACAAGUGCUGUUUUAUAUUGCACACAAAGACGACAUGUAAGAAAUUAG